AUGGCUUCUCCUAGUCAAGAAAACAAUAACAAACUUCUCAUUCGAGUGAGCGAAUUGUUCAAGUCGUUGCAGAAGAAGUUAUAUAGUAAGGUAGGUAACAUUGUAGAGAAAGCAAAGGAAGUGGCCAAAGAUGAUCCAAGAAGGAUUAUCCAUUCCUUAAAAGUAGGACUAGCUCUCACUCUUGUUUCAUUGUUCUACUACUUUAAACCUCUUUAUGAUGGAUUCGGUGUCAAUGCAAUGUGGGCUGUUCUUACUGUUGUGGUUGUCUUCGAAUUUUCAGUUGGAGCAACACUUGGAAAAGGUAUAAACAGGAUGUUAGCAACAUUGACUGGUGGCUUUCUGGCAGUUGGAGCUCAUCGCAUAGCAACUCUUUCUGGGAGGACAGGAGAGCCCAUAUUCAUUGCAAUAUUUGUCUUUGUAAUAGCUUCAACAGUGACUUUCAUGAGAUUUUUUCCUAGCUUAAAGACGAGGUGCGAUUAUGGGUUGAGUAUCUUCAUACUUACAUUCUCUUUGAUAUCUGUAUCUGGCUAUCGAGAUAAUGAAGUGUUACACAUGGCCCAUCAAAGGGUAUCAACCAUAAUCAUUGGUACUUGUACUGCCAUUAUUGUGUGCAUUAGUAUUUGCCCAGUUUGGGUUGGAGAGGAACUUCACAACCUUGUCUCUAGCAACAUGGAAAAGCUUGGCAACUUUUUAGAAGCAUUCGGAUGUGAAUACUUUCAACUGUUUGAAUGUGGGAAGUCUGACCAUGAUAACUCAUUCCUUCAUGGAUACAAAAGCGUUCUCGAUUCAAAAAAUAGUGAAGAAACCAUGGCUAAUUUAGCAAGAUGGGAACCUGGUCAUGGUGGGUUCAAGUUUGGUCACCCUUGGAAACAAUACUUGAAAAUCGGAACUCUUACUCGACAAUGUGCCUACAAAAUCGAAUCUCUUCAGUGCCAACUUAAGUACUCUAAGAUCCAAACCUCUUUAGGACUCCAAAGAAAAAUUCAAGAGACAUGCGUAAAGGUUAGCACAGAAUCAGGCAAAGCUUUGAAGGAGUUAGCAUUAACAACAAAAAAUAUGACUCAAUCAAAGUCAUCCAAUGCCAAUAUUGCCAAUUUAAUAAAGGCUGUUGAGAACCUAAAAACUCUACUCAGAAUUAGCCGGUGGGAAGAAGCUAUUCCCUUAGAGAUAAUACCAUUGGCUACAAUUGCUUCAAUUCUAAUGGAAGUGGUUAAAUGUAUUGAGAACAUUUCAGAAGUUGUCCAUGAAUUAGCUUUCACGGCACAUUUCAAGUGUGUGGAUGCAACAGUAUCACCAGAACAAUCGUGUUUGUUUAACCAAGGAACAAUUCAGCCUAUUGCCACAAUGAAUAUAGAAAAGCACGAAGAUAUAGCACUUGCGGAAUAA